AAUGAAGAAUUCGUCGCACCCAUCGGCUAAAGCCACGUGGAAGAGCGAGCACAGCCACUCCUUCGAUACAGCCAAACAGUAGUCCUCCAAGAGCAUCGCUUAAAUAAUGACGUCCCAUUGCCACCCGGCUAAUGGCAACCAACACCGCCAGGAGUGCAGCCGCAAUGCGAUAUUUCGGGAAGAAGGCAGCGCUUAAAGUGGCAAGCAUUGCCGCCCUGGAGCUAUGCCCAGAGGGAAACGAAUACUGAUCAGCAAUUGGUGCUUCGAAUUUCUGAAAUAAGAAUUGUAUGA